UGCGUGGACUUCGAGGGCUUCAAGCUGUUCCUGAGGAGCUACCUGGAGGCAGCAGACGUCCCAGACACGCUGUGCCAUCACCUCUUCAGGUCCUUCCAGAGCACAGGGCAGCCGGGCGCUGAUGCUGACCUUGUCUGCGUUAAUGAUGUCUCCUGCUACUUCUCACUGCUGGAGGGUGGGCGCCCCGAGGACAAGCUGGAGUUCACAUUUAAGCUGUACGACAAGGAUGGGAACGGGCUUCUGGACAGCUCGGAGGUGGAGCGGAUCAUCACCCAGAUGAUGCGGGUGGCCCAAUACCUGGACUGGGACGUCACAGAGCUGAAGCCGAUCCUGCAGGAGAUGAUGCGGGAGAUUGACUACGAUGGCAGUGGUACGGUGUCAUUGGCGGAGUGGCUGCGCGGCGGUGUAACCAACAUCCCCCUGCUGGUGCUGCUGGGCCUGGAGGUGCACAUGAAG